AACACAUUCCAAUUACAUACAAGAUUUUUUUUGCGAUAAAAAAAAUAUAGUAUAUUUUUUUAGGCUUACUAAAAAUGGGUAAGAAAAAGGACAACGCUCAAGAAAGUGGAGAUGAGGAAAAUGGAAGUGCACAAGAGGAGACUCCUCCGCCUCCUCCUCCCAGCAGAGGAAUGUCAUUGGUCGAUUUGAUAUUGAGAAUCGUCGCCGCCGUUAGCACGAUGGGCAGCGCCAUAGCCGUCGCCACGACUAGCCGAUCGAUCCCCUCCUUCGACAACUUCAUUCAUUUCACGUCUCGUCAAUAUCAAGAUUUCCCUACUUUCACGUUUUUCGUGGUCUCAAAUGCCAUAACAACAGCAUACCUGGUUCUGUCGCUCGCGCUCUCCAUAUUCCACAUCUUCAAGACCGGCGCCAAAGUCACCAGGACCGUUCUCAUCAUACUCGACACGACUAUUGUAUCUCUUCUAACGGCGGCAGCAUCGGCGGCGGCGGCAAUCGCGUAUGUGGCACACAAGGGCAGCGAGGAGGCGCAGUGGGUGGGGAUUUGUGAGCGUUACAACUCGCUGUGUGAGAGGGUUUCUGGAGCUCUGGUUGGAUCCUUCAUGGGGAUUCUUGCUCUUAUGCUGCUCAUUUUUUUGUCUGCUGUUGCCCUCUCCAGAAACUAAUUAAUUUUGCAUGUGUCUCUACAGAAAUCACUACCCUAAUUUCAUGUAAUUUUAUAGUUCGUGUCUUCAUUUUUUAUUUUUUGUUUUCAGUUGGCUAUGAUUUGGCAAUAUAAUAUUGCAGUCGAUUAAUGUACUUUUCAUCAACGUCAUGUUGUAUAAUUAAGAAUACAUUAAUUUGUUCA